CCUGCGGUGGUGGCAAGGCUCCUCCUCCUGCUGCUCCGCCUCUUUCCCCGCUCCAUCUGGACCUACUCCUCGGGUGCUCUCGCGCAAACUGUUCUCCUCUGGGUCCCCUCCGUCCGCUCCCAGCAAUGGUGGCCUGGCGCUCGGCGUUCCUCAUCUGCCUCGCUUUCUCCUUGGACACUCUGGUCCAGAGAGGAUCCGCGGACUUUGAUUUUGAUCUGAGUGAUGCAUUGAAAGAAACUUCCUCAGUAAAGCAGCGAUGGGACCAUGUCACUACCACAACCAAGAGGCCUGGAACGACCAGAGCUCCGGCAAAGCCUGCAGGUGAUGAUUUUGAAUUGGCUGAUGCUUUGGGUGAUCGAGAUGAUGGCCGCAGAAAGCCAAGUGCAGGAGGAGGAGAGCGAUGGGACCAUGUCACUACCACAACCAAGAGGCCUGGAACGACCAGAGCUCCGGCAAAGCCUGCAGUUGAUGAUUUUGACUUGGCUGAUGCCUUGGAUGAUCGAAAUGAUCGAGAUGAUGGCCGCAGGAAGCCAAGUGCAGGAGGAGGAGGUUUUUCGGACAAGGAUCUCGAAGACGUAUUAGGGGGUGGUGACUACAAACCAGACAAGGGUAGAGGUGAUGGCCGGUAUGGCAACAAUGAUGACUCUGAAGCUGGAAUGUCACCAGAGACUGGCACCAUUGCCGGUGUGGCCAGUGCCCUGGCCAUGGCCCUGAUUGGCGCCGUCACCAGCUACAUCUCCUACCAGCAGAAGAAGUUCUGCUUCCGCAUCCAGCAUCCCAAGAAGUCACUGCCCUGGUGUCCCUGCUCCUCCCCGUGUGAGCCAGAACAUCUUAAAAUACGUGGAAUUGUGAAUUGUUUUAAAGGAGUAGGAAUGCAAGAGAAAAAAAUAAAUGUAGUUUUACCCCUUCCUUUACAUGCUAGAUUUGUGAAAGCUAGGAUGCAUCUGUUUUAUGCCAUGGUUUUCUAUAAGAUGUGGUACAAAUGGAAUUCUGUCUUGGAAGCUGUCAGGUACCCGUGGGAAUGCUAUUGGGCGGGGGCAGAAAAACCACACUUGUUGGUUUUAUAAGCACAGCUUUGAUGUGUCACUGUUUGCUAAGAGUGUAUCCCUAAGACUGGUGAUUUUUAGUUCAAGGGACAGUAUCUGACUCAGCAGUAGAUUUCCUCUUUCCUAAAUUUAGGAUUAUCCCCUAUGAGGCUUCUCUUACCCUUGCUCUAGGACUCUGCCCUUAAUUCUAGCUGGGAGCUGAGCUCCCCAGAAAAUUAACCCAAGUCCCAGAAUGUUUUGAAUGUGGAUAUUGCUGAAAUCUCCAACUACUUUUUCAUCUGGCCAUCAUAUUUGCUUCUUUUACUCUUAUACAACAUUCUUGACCAGGGCCACCACAUACAGCUACACAGACUGCGCACAGUAUUCUGGGGGCACCAUUCACAUCUCAGUACACAACCUGUGCAACUGUUCAUGGUCUCCCUGCUGGAGAUACUGUCACCUCACCAGGAAUUGCGAAGCUUGGCUGUAGAGUGGUGUGAACAAGGAAGAGUCAGGAGUGCAGACCUGGAGGCUGGAUUGUCCUUAGAGCUUUCCUUUGUCCCAGCAUAAAAUAAAAGAAACGGACUGGCUUAAAACAACAGAAAUCUAUUCUCUGCCAGUUCUGGAGGCCAGAAGUCCAAGAUCAGGGUGUCAGCAGGGUUGGUUUCUUCUGGGAGCUCUAGGAAAUGAUCCUUUCUUGCCUAUUCCAGGUUCUGGUGGCCCUAGAUGUCCCAUGGUAUAUGGUUGCAUCACUUCAGUCUCUGCCUCUGUCUUCACAUGGCCUUUCCCUCUGUGUCUGAUUCUCCUAUUUUGUCUCUUAUACAGACACUUGUCAUUAAAUGUAGGGUCCACCUGGAUAAUCCAGCCUGAUCUCAUCUCAAGAUCCUUAACUUGAUCACUUCUGCAAAGACCCUUUUCCAAAUAAGGUCACAUUUACAGGUUCCAGGACAUAUCAUAUCUUUUUGGGGGCCACCAUACACUCCAGUACAGCAUCAUUACCCAAAGAGUAAGAACUCCCACAGCCCCACUGAUUAGGAAUGACGUACACCCUCAUCUCAUAGGUGAACAGAGGCACAGACAGUCCUUGAAGGAACUUACUCCAGAUGGGAAGCCAUGAAUCCAGAAGGGGUACCAGUAGGUAGAAACAGGGAGGAGAAAAAAAGGUUGAUUUCCAAACUAAAAAAGAGAUGUCUGGGUUGUAUCUGUUUGUCUCUGUGGGGGUACUAAGGUGAAAUGAAAAUACAUUAUUUUCACAUAAAACAGACAGAUAUGAGCUUUUCAAAUUGGAUUAUCAGGGAAGCCAAAUAAAAUGUGAACACAUGAAGGACUUGGUGUGUAGAACUGAGCAAUUUAUAUAAUAUUUGGGAAAGAAUAAACCCAAAAGAGGGAGUGUUAAUGACAGCUGAAAGUUAUGUGGCAACAAAGCUGGAGGGCAUGGAUGUGACCUUUCUGGGGGGUAGCCUCGAGGUGAGGGUAUUGCUGGGCCAGGCAGUGGGGGUGAGCCUGCUGGCAGGGUGGCAUAGGCGAGGGAAGCAAGUGGGCUUGUAGGACUAUGAUGGCUCCAAAGAAGUUCAUGGAACCCACUGGCCUCACAGAUCCCUGAGUGGGAGCCAAUAGGCCUCUCCCCAACCCCCCAUUCAGUCUAAAGGAAGGCUUCCCUCCUGCCACAGACUUCAGACUACACCCUCUGGCUCCUGUAUGAGUGGACCCUCGUCUUUGGCCCUGUUUUUCCCCCCCUUCAGUCUGUUAAUGAUGUCAUUAUCAUUGCUUAACCUACAUUGUCCUGAAUCCCUUUACUGGACACUUGUGCAAGUGCUAACAUCACCCCCAAUUUACACAGAAGGGAGCUAAGUGUGAAGUAUCCCCCAGUUUUGAAAAGGACAUCUUUUGCUUCUGUAUCCACUCCCUGUACUACCAAAUUUCUCUUCAGAGUUUUUAAGUUGUGUCCACCCCAUCCUUGUGGCCCCUCUCACAGAUUCCACCAGUCCUCCUGGAUCCUCCUGUCUCCUCAUGCCACAUCCGUGGUUUACCAAUCCUGGGGCUUGUGCCCCCUGCUCUGGGGUCACACCACCACCAUGGCCCAUGCCUUUCCAGGGCCAGGUCUCCUAGUCCUCUAUCUGGAUGGUUCCAUCAGCCUCCUGCCUGCCCCAGUGUUCCCCAUACUUCCCCCUGCACGGAGCAGCCAGAAGGACCUGCUUAAAAAUGCACAGAACCAGCUCUGCCAGGACCUCCCAUGUUCCCCACUCCUCCCAGGUAAUGGCUGAGCCCCUGAGCUUGUCAUUCUGUGGUUGGUUCCACUCAAACCACAGCCCUGCCCUUUCGCUCCCCUCCCCACCCUUGCAGCCAUGGCCCCAUAAGAUUUUCUCCAUAGCCAUACUCACUUCCUUGAGUGUGCCUUGGGGCCUCCAGCAUCCUCUCUUGCUGUCCCCUCUUCACUUAGCCUUUCUCAUUCUUUGGGCCUGGGUUACCUUCCCAGGAAGCCUUCCGACCCUCCCAGCCUGAUGGCCCUGACUAGAUGUCUCUCCUGGAUGUGCCCACAGCGCCCCCUGCUGACUGGUAUGGAGAUCAUGAGGAAGGAUUGGGCUUGGUGGUUUGUUUCUGUAUCUGUGACUGCUUCCCUGUUCACUCUCUGGACUGUCAGCCUGUGGGAAGACUGUGUGUGCUUCAUGUGUUAUGUACCUGGUACCUACACUGGGUGGGAAUCAGGAGGAAUCCCAUGGAUGUGGGGUGGCUAAAACCACUGUGAAGCUGGGGGCUGGGACUUCCUGCCCAGGGUGGCCUCAACUAUCACUGCAUGGAGGUCAGGAAAAGCAGAGCAGAAACCACUCUGCACGGGGUGCACCAGCAAGCCCCCCAAGGGAUGGCAUGUGGCUACUAGGAGGGUCUCUCCCCAAUGUGGCCCUCAGGGGCUUCCAGCCUUUUCUGCCAUCAAAAGGGCUCAGGUUUUGGGGACCCUUUGCUUCCCAUCUCUGCCUUCAGUGCCAAGGGCCAGCGUGUUUCACCAAAAGCCCGUGUGCUUUGUUGCCG